UUAACAAUCUAAGCUGAGAAAAGCUGGAUCAGAUCAUAGUUAUCUUUGUAUCCCUAGUGCUUAGGUCAAUACCUGGCAUAGAAUAUUUUUUUUAUUUAAAUAAACUGACCUGACUUUCUUCUGGUUGGUUUUGUUCUGAGGCCCUAUCCCUGAUCUUGGUCUUUUAUCUCAGAAGUUGAAGGUCUCCCUAGAGCCAGCUGCAAAGUUCCCAGAGCACUAACAACACCACAGCCAAUUAACUACAGAGCAGGCUGCCCUGAAUCAGCAUCCCAAAACACAAAGACCAGGGCUCCGAGCAGGAGCAGCAGCAGAACAAUGGAAGCCACCCAGUCCGGAUGCCUGUUUCUAUUAUUGCUUGUCACCUGCAAGCUGUCCCCAGAAGUUGCUACAGAAGUUCAGGAAUCCACAGAUGGUCCCAGUGACUCCCAGGAACCUGUGUGGCUCACAGACGUCCCAGCUGCCAUGGAAUUCAUCACUGCUGCUGAGGUGGCUGUCAUAGGCUUCUUCCAGGAUUUAGAAAUACCAGCAGUGUCCAUAUUCCGUAGUGUGGUGCAAAACUUCCAAGACGUGUCAUUUGGAAUGAGCACUGAUUCUGAGGUCCUGGCCCACUACAACGUCACUGGGAACGCCAUCUCCCUCUUCCGUCUGGUCGAUAACAAACAGCUGGAUUUAAAGAGCGAAGACCUUGAAAACAUUGAUGCCACCAAAUUAAGCCUUUUCAUUGGGACCAACAACCUCCACUUGGUGACAGAGUACAACCCUGUGACUGUGGUUGGCCUAUUUAAUAGCAUAAUUGAGAUUCAUCUUCUACUGAUGAUAAACAAGGCCUCUUCAGAGUAUAAAGAAAGCAUGCACAGAUACCAGGAGGCAGCUAAGCUCUUCCAGGGGAAGGUACUAUUUAUCCUGGUGGACAGCGGUGUGAAGAAAAAUGGGAAGGUGAUAUCAUUUUUCAAACUAAAGGAGUCUCAACUGCCCGCGUUUGCGAUUUACCACACGCUAGACGAUGAGUGGGAUACACUGCCCAUAACAGAAGUUAUAGUAGAGCACGUGCGAAACUUUUGUGAUGGAUUCCUGAAAGGGAAACGGCUGAAAGAAAAUCCUGAAUCAGAAGAAAAGACUCCAAAGGUGGAACUCUGAUUUCUCCCUAACAGUUCUGCAUGCUACCAAGUAUCUACUUUAUGC